ACCUUUAUAAAUUUCAUAUACUCUUUGGUCUCUGUGGUUGCUAAAGUAUAAUAUUGUGCCUUGCUUGUUGUUUAGUUUUUAUACCUAUUAUCCUAUGAGUUUUUGUUAUUGGUGUUAACUUGGAUUUGGAUGACACAAAUAGACUGAAUUUGUUGUGUGACAUAUUGUGGACAUAGUAAUCUGAUUGAUUGUUAUUGUUUUGUAUACACAAAGAUUAACUAAGCUAAUGUUUUUUAGCCCUAAAAUUAAGAAUGGGCUUUGAAAUCAAAAGGUUUCAAGGUGACGUUGACGAAGAACUAAUUUGCCCCAUUUGUUCAGGAGUUUUAGAGGAUCCCUUACAGGCUCCAACUUGUGAGCAUGCAUUUUGCCGUGCAUGCAUAACAGAGUGGAUCAGUCGUCAACCGACUUGUCCAGUGGACCGGCAGGCGGUGACCGCGUGUCAGCUGAGACCUGUUCCAAGAAUACUGCGUAACUUACUUUCGAGAUUAUGUACAAGCUGUGAUAAUGCACCUCAUGGUUGUAAUGCUGUGUUAAAACUUGAUUCUCUGGCUUCACAUUUAGUUGAAUGUGAAUAUAAUCCUAAGAGGCCAAUGUCAUGCGAAGCGGGCUGUGGUCUGGUAAUACCAAAGGAUGAACUUGCAGAACACAAUUGUGUCCGUGAAUUACGAGCCUUGAUUGCGACACAACAGGGCAAGCUUACUGAUUUUCAACAAGAACUAGCGGAACAGAGACUUGUUAUAAAUGAACACAAGCGUGAAUUGGCUCUUCUUAAAGAGUUCAUGCGAGCAAUGCGUGUAUCGAAUCCUACAAUGAGAGCGCUCGCCGACCAGAUGGAAAGAGAGGAGGUGGUCCGUUGGGCAAACUCACUGGCUCGGGCGCGAGUAACGCGCUGGGGCGGUAUGAUCUCCACGCCCGAUGACGCCCUGCAGGUGAUGAUGAUCAAGCGAAGUUUGUCGGAGUCAGGCUGUCCUCCGCACAUUAUCGACGACCUUAUGGAAAACUGCCAUGAGAGACGGUGGCCCCCCGGCCUAUGUUCCUUAGAAACAAGACAAAAUAAUAGAAGAUUAUAUGAAAAAUAUGUAUGUAAAAGAGUGCCAGGAAAGCAAGCUGUUCUUGUCCUUCAAUGUGACAAUACCCACGUCGACGAACACAUGAUGGUGGAGCCCGGCCUUGUAAUGAUAUUUGCUCAUGGUAUUGAGUAAAAAAAACAGUUUUGGUUAAUAUAAGAUUUACAAAGAAAUUUAAAAUAUGGGCAACCAAAAAUAAUAUUUUAAAAAAAAAUCGAUCAAUAAGUAUUUUUCAAAU